GUCCAUAGUGAUGGCAAUGGGUCGGGCGGGGCGGGAAACUCAAUACUCAUGUCCCGCUCCACGUUAUUACUGGUCGGGCCGGGUAAAACCAUUUUUAUAUGUUAUAUGGAAAAAAAAUACACGCAAAUUUUACUUUUUACGAUAAAACGAAGGAGAAAAUACUUUAUGAAUGAAAAAUAGUGAUAAUAGAAUGGGUAAUGGAGUCUAACAAAUUGAACGAUGGACUCUAACUAAUUGAAAAAAGCCAAAAUAGGAGAAAUAUGUAAGAAAUUAAGAUUAAAUAGGUCAAGAACGGGACGAGCCGAGCAAAGUAGGCCAAAAGGAGAUACACAUGCUCUGUCCCAUGCUACUACGGGUCGGUUAUUAAUAUUAUCUACCCCUUUAAGGAUAAGGACCAGUAAUACCCGCAGGACGGGUUCAAAUUGCCAUCACUAACCGUCCACCUCACACACCCACGACUUCUCUUCCAAAGAAGCUCCACAAUCCCCACUAACAAUUAAGCAAAAAAAAUCUCACUAAACUCUUUCUCUCUCCCUAGUUAUCACCUCCCCUUUCAACCAGGACCACGCCGUCCGCCUCUCCCUUCCACAGAAGUUUUCGGUCGAGCCCCUAUACGUUUCUGGUAUGGGGAUCUAGCGGUCGAGCGACCAAGCCGAUGAAAAGCGACCUUCUCCAAUCGCCUUGGUCGAUCGGGAUGGAGUGGCGGUGACCUCAGAUGUAGUAGUGACCUCGGUCGGAAGACGAAGAAUGUUGAAUGGAGCGGUGGCGACAUCCAUGUGCAGGAGAGAGAAAAGACGAAGGGCGCUGGACGUCUGGAGUGAGAAGAGGCAGAAUGCAUGGAUGCCAUAUUUUUAGCGUAGGUUAAUUCGGGUUAUAAAUGGAUUGGUUGUGAAUGACUUCCCUUAGCUUAGUUAGUUGGUCUUGAGUCCUAGUUGGUGGACAAGGUGACCAUCCCCUGCCAAUUAGGAGCUUACCUAGGUAAUGAUUGGUACUCAAGUGUGUGACAAUCGACUUGAAGACCUUGUGUGCAGAUGGGUGAAACCCGUUUAGAGGAGAUAGGGCGCUAUCCCUAGUCACUGAACCCAGUUGUAGUGACAUUGGACAUGCGGAUGUGGCUAGGAGGGGAACUAGUUAGAGGUGGCAAUUGGAUCGGAUUCGUGGAUUCGUGGAUUGGAUUGGUGGAUCCAUGGUUCAAAUGGAUUGGUGGAUUCAUGGAUUGGAAAUGGAUUGGUGGAUUGAUCCAUGAAUCCAAAUGACAUCCAAGGCUUGGACCAAAAUGUAAAUUUUGAAAAGUUUAGGUACUAAAAUGUCAUAAUGAAAAAUUUUAGGUACCAAAAUGUAAUUUUCCAAUGAUAUUUUUCGUAUAAAAAUAUAAAUUUUAGGUACCAAAAUGUAAAAUAUAAAAAAUAUAGGUACCAAAUCGUAAUUUGCCAUUUGGAUCCAUGGAUUGAUCCAUGAAUCCACCAAUCCAAUUGGAUUUGGAUCAAAUGGAUUGGAUUUAAAUGGAUUGGAUUAGGUGGAUAAUUUGGUGGAUGGAUUGGAUUGGAUUCAUGGAUUUGGAUCAUAAUUGCCACCUCUAGAACUAGUGGUUGACCAUUGCAUUGUUUCCCAUUUUAGUGAUCUUCGCACCUCAAUUACUUUGAAAUGCUAUAACUGUUGAUUGCAUGUCUACUCGAUGUUAGGGCGAGUGUGGUUUGCCCCGGGUAUUCCAUUAUUGUCUCUAUCAUUAAGCAAUUCCUCAGUGUCAAAAGCAAUCAACUAUCAAUUAGAUAACAAUAUAAUGUAAUAAGAGUAGGCUAGGGUAUCAGUGAUCUCUGGGGAAUACAAAUGUGCCGCUAUACUGCAAGCCAAACAGUGGUACACGUGCCGUUGUCAAGGUUAGUAGUUGGUGACUAUCGUUAAUUAAAGCUCAAUUUCGUGCAAGCAAAGAAAAAGAAUCAACGACAAUUAAUCUUGUAUCAGAGACAGACUCCAAAUUGCCAUACAAGUGAUCAAUAAUCGAAUUGACCCACUUAACCCAUAACCCUCCCUUUUGGAUUCGAUUAGGAGGAAAGUAGCUUGAGGUUGGUUGGUUCGUACAUUCAUACAUAUCGCAAAGGGAGUAGAGUUACAAACUGACUCUUGAAGUACAUUCUCGUUUAUCCCUAUGUUAUGUGUGAACUCGCUAACUCAUGGAUUGAGCUAGGAAACAUUCUUCAAGAUGAUGUGAUGGGAAUUUGCUUUGAGCGCCCAAUCUUGGUCCGCCCCUCCUUCUAUCCUGCUUCUACUUCGAUUCAACCCCUCUUGUUACUUCUUGGCUGUUAGCCUCCCAUAAUGAAAAACAAACAAGACUAAUUUAUCCCUAUUUAACCUUCACCACGAAAUAAAUUGUUAAAACACACUCACAAAUAACAAUAACUAUAUAAAAAAUUAGAAAAACAAAAGAAUUAAAAAUGUUCCAUUUGUUUUUCUUGUUAUUUUGCAGUUGUUCUAACAGAAAAAAUGUGAAUAGUAAAAUAAGCUAAAAAAAGCUAAAUGAAGGAAAUAGAUAAAACUAAAUAUGUUUAACUUACAAGGAAAAUGAACAAAUAGUCUCUACCGAGGAUAUGUGAAUUGCAAAUAUGACAUUCUAACUUGUUUUUAGUUUUCAAUAUACCUUAGAAGUUCUUACUUUGCCCUCACAAUCCAGAAAAGAUGAACUCAGGGCGUUCUUAUGCGCCCUGUUUCAUCAAAACAAAAAUAUGAACCAACCUCAAACACAAAAUUGUUUUUGCUAACAACAUUACCCACAAUUUCGUUUACCUAACUUUUGAGCUAUAUCCUCAUCUUUUUACUGCUUAAUCUUCAUGAAUAAAUGAUAAUCCUUCUCUCCUCUCCCUAAUCACCACGGUGGAAAAAUAAUCUCAUCUCUCAACAUUUACCCUUUACAAUUGAAAAAAAAGGGGGAAAAGGUAGAAAACUCAGAAGGAAACAGGUAAAAAUGAUUGGGCAGCAAUCCGACGGAGAAUCAAGAAUAGGCAACAUAAUUUUGCUGGUGGUUUCAUGCGUAGUCGGCAUUCUUGUAUCUGUUUCCCUCGCUCAUCUCAAUGAACUCACCGGCAGCGGUAGCAACACCGCCAAAUCGCCUCAGAAAUCGCUAGUCCCGCCGUCGACGAUUCCAAACAGCUUGUCUCUGUUACCUCCAAAUUCCAAGAUCGAACUGGAAAAUGUAUGCUCCUUCACCGAUUACCCUCCAACUUGCAAGGCCUCCCUCUCAGCAAUUUCCCCCGCGUCCGCCAUUGACUAUGCGACCUAUGCCGUCAAUGCAACACUACAGGAAGCCACGACCGCACAAUCGGCGUUCAAUGCCGCCGCCGGCAGAGAUAAUGGACAAUCGUGGCUCAAGGCCCAUAAAAUCUGCAGCGAGCUCAUGGGCUCCGCUGUCGACGACCUCAAUUCGUCACUGUUGAUUCUAGCCUCCGGGAAUUUGACGAACGCUUCACAGGAGAGCUACUUCUCCAUCAUGAGCAGGCUGAGCGCCGUCGUCGCUUACCAGAGCACCUGCCGCGACGCAUUGCGUAUGUGCGGCGGUACGAGGAAAGUCAGGACUCGGCUCGGAAAACCCAUCAAAAUGACUAGCAACGCAUUGGCGAUCAUAAAUUCCGCUUUCAAUCGAUCUUCUGAACCACCUCAGAUCCCCGACGGGAACCUGGCCGGUGGUGCCAAUUCUUUGCCCCGACCCGAUGCGGUGGUUGCUGGUGAUGGAAGCGGCAGAUUCAGAACGAUCGCCGAAGCCCUAUCGGCUUACAAACUCAACGAGCUCGGCCGCUACGUGAUAUACGUGAAAGCAGGGGAGUACAACGAGAGCGUGACAAUAGCAAAGGACCGAGUCAAUGUAUACAUGUACGGCGACGGACCCGACCGGACGGUGGUGUUCGGGUCAAGAUCGCAAGAAUCCGGACUCUUGACUUACGAGACCGCCACCGUAGCGGUUUUGGGAGAUGGGUUCGUGUGUCGGUCGAUGGCGAUUCAGAACAGGGGGAAAUCAGGGGGCGCGACGGUGGCGGUUAGGGUUCAGGCGGACAAAUCGAUAUUUUACAAUGUCACAAUUGAAGGCAAUCAAGCCCCGCUCUACGCACUGGCUCAUCGUCAAUUCUACCGCGAGUGCAAGAUCUCUGGAUCCACCGAUCUAAUUUUGGGCGACGCAGCGGCGGUGAUUCAAGAUUCCGAGAUCCUAGUAAGUCCCGAUUCGGGAGUGGCGGCAUAUGGUUUUGCUGCCGUGACCGUGCAAGGAAGGGCAGAGAGAUUCGAGACAACCGGGUUCGUGCUGCAGAACUGUACAAUCAAGGAGAUUGGAGGUGCGAGAGUGGAGAUUGUGCUUGGGAAGCAAUGGAGGAAGGGUUCGAGGGUAGUGGUGAUGGAGUCGUACCUGGGAGAAGGGAUUGCGGCGGAGGGAUGGAAGGUGAGGGUUUCCUCCGCCGGCGGGGGAGACUUUGCGGUGCCGGAGAAAGCGUUGUAUGCGGAGUUUGAGAACUACGGGCCUGGAGCAAAUACGAGCAAGCGGGUCCGAAGCUCCACUGUGAUUAAGGAAAGAUCGAAGGCGGUUCAAUAUGCGCCAAACUUGUUUAUUCAGGGAUAUUCCUGGAUUCCCCAGGCCGGUGUGCCGUACCAGGGAGGAUUGUAGUGACACAAAAAAAAAAAAAAAGAGUGUAGGAAGUGAAAUGAAAUUGCUCUGCUGUAACUUGUAAGCCAAAUUUGUGGAAUAAAUGAAGUGAAGAAAUCUUUUGUGGAAAUGUUGGGACCUUAUGACUUUUUGCGUGAAUGUAUACAAAACAACUCCGACUAGCAGCUGCCGUCUUCAAUUCCCGGAAGCCCCAAAGUCUCCCAGGCAACGACCUGGAAGUUGAAAUCCAAAACCCAAAUCAAUUAACCCUUUACCAUUUCUUUAAGCCACUUAAUCAUUUUCUACUUUUAUAGAUCUGUGCUUUCAAAUGAAGAAAUAAUAGAUGAUUGUUGACGGAAUAGAGGUUAUCACCAUUC